UGGGGCUGAGAGGGACAAAGCUGGGCUGCGGAGAAGGCGGCUGUGGGGCCUGCACGGUGAUGCUUUCCAAGUAUGAUCGUCUCCAGGACAAGAUCAUGUAUCCUUUGCCUGCUGGCUGAUGGCCUUUGAGGACCGUGAAGCAGGGGUCAGCUUUUGAGAGAGAAUCGCCAAAAGCCACGGCUCCCAGUGUGGGUUCUGCACCCCCGGCAUCGUCAUGAGCAUGUACACGCUGCUUCGGAACCAGCCUGAGCCCACUGUUGAGGAGAUCGAGGAUGCCUUCCAGGGAAACCUGUGCCGUUGUACAGGCUACAGACCCAUCCUCCAGGGCUUCCGGACUUUCGCCAAGGAUGGUGGAUGCUGUGGAGGAAAUGGGAACAACCCAAACUGCUGCAUGAACCAGAAGAAAGACCACGAGCAGGUCACUCUCUCGCCAUCUUUAUUCAACCCAGAGGAAUUCAUGCCCCUGGAUCCCACCCAGGAACCCAUCUUCCCCCCAGAGUUGCUGAGGCUGAAAGACAUUCCGCUGAAGCAGCUGCGUUUUGAAGGGGAGCGUGUGACCUGGAUCCAGGCCUCGGCCCUGAACGAGCUGCUGGACCUCAAAGCGCAGUACCCUGAGGCCAAGCUGGUGGUGGGGAACACGGAGAUUGGCAUUGAGAUGAAGUUUAAGAAUCAGCUGUUUCCUGUGAUCAUCUGCCCAACCUGGAUCCCUGAGCUGAAUUCAGUGGAGCAUGGACUGGAGGGUAUCUCCUUCGGAGCCGCUUGCCCCCUGAACUCUGUGGAAAAGACCCUGCUCGAUGCGGUUGCUAAGCUUCCCACCCAGAAAACAGAGGUGCUCAGAGGCGUCCUGCAGCAGCUGUGCUGGUUUGCCGGGAAGCAGGUCAAGUCUGUGGCGUGCAUUGGAGGGAACAUCAUCACAGCCAGCCCCAUCUCCGACCUCAACCCUGUGUUCAUGGCCAGUGGGACCAAGCUGACCAUCGUGUCCAGAGGCACCAGAAGAACGGUUCGGAUGGAUCACACCUUCUUCCCUGGCUACAGAAAGACCCUGCUAGGUCCAGAGGAGAUACUGCUCUCCAUUGAGAUCCCCUACAGCAGGGAGGGUGAGUUUUUCUCAGCAUUCAAGCAGGCCUCCCGCAGAGAAGAUGACAUAGCCAAGGUGACCUGUGGCAUGAGAGUCCUGUUCCAGCCAGGAGCCGCGCAGGUAAAGGAGCUGGCCCUUUGCUAUGGUGGAAUGGCAGACAGAACGAUCUCAGCCCUCAAGACCACGCAGAAACAGCUAUUGAAGUUCUGGAAUGAGAAGCUGCUGCAGGACGUGUGUGCAGGCCUGGUGGAGGAGUUGCCCUUGUCCCCAGACGCCCCAGGUGGCAUGAUUGAGUUCCGGCGCACCCUCACCCUCAGCUUUUUCUUCAAGUUCUACCUGACAGUGUUGCAGAAGCUGGGCAAAGAGGACUCAGAAGAUAAGUGUGGUAAACUGGACCCCACCUAUUCCAGCGCCACCUUACUCUUUCACAAAGACCCUCCGGCCAACAUCCAGCUCUUCCAAGAGGUGCCCAAGGGUCAGUCUGAGGAGGACAUGGUGGGCCGGCCCCUGCCCCACCUGGCCGCGGCCCUGCAGGCCUCUGGGGAGGCUGUGUACUGCGAUGACAUCCCUCGCUACGAGAAUGAACUCUUCCUCCGGCUUGUCGUCAGCACCCGGGCCCACGCCAAGAUCAAGUCCAUUGAUAUUUCAGAAGCGCGGAAGGUGCCAGGCUUUGUUUGCUUUCUCUCUGCUGAUGAUAUUCCUGGGAGUAAUGAAACUGGACUUUUUAAUGAUGAGACAGUCUUUGCAAAGGAUAAGGUGACUUGUGUUGGGCACGUCAUUGGUGCUGUGGUCGCCGACACCCCAGAACACGCACAGAGAGCCGCCCAUGGAGUGAAAGUCACCUAUGAGGAUCUUCCAGCCAUUAUCACGAUUGAGGAUGCUAUAAAAAACAAUUCCUUUUAUGGAUCUGAGCUGAAGAUUGAGAAAGGAGACCUCAAGAAGGGGUUUUCGGAAGCAGAUAAUGUUGUUUCAGGCGAGUUGUACAUCGGUGGCCAAGAGCAUUUCUAUCUGGAGACUCACUGUGCCAUUGCUGUCCCGAAAGGCGAGGCAGGGGAGAUGGAGCUCUUUGUGUCCACACAGAAUACCAUGAAUACCCAGUCCUUUGUUGCAAAAAUGUUGGGGGUUCCAGUAAACCGGAUUCUGGUCCGAGUGAAGAGAAUGGGAGGAGGCUUUGGAGGGAAGGAGACCCGGGGCAUCGUGAUGACUGUGGCUGUGGCCCUGGCUGCAUACAAGACUGGCUACCCGGUGCGCUGCAUGCUGGAUCGUGAUGAGGACAUGCUGAUAACUGGCGGCAGACACCCCUUCUUGGCCAGAUACAAGGUUGGCUUCAUGAAGACGGGGAAGAUUGUGGCUGUGGAGGUGGAUCACUACAGCAAUGCCGGGAACAGCCAGGACCUCUCUCUCGGUAUAAUGGAACGAGCUCUACUCCACAUGGACAACAGCUAUAAAAUCCCCAAUGUCCGGGGCACUGGGCGGCUGUGCAAGACCAACCUGCCCUCCAACACGGCCUUCCGGGGCUUUGGGGGGCCCCAGGCAUUGUUCAUUGCCGAGCACUGGAUGAGUGACGUCGCGGUGACCUGUGGGCUGCCUGCAGAGGAAGUACGGAGGAAGAACCUGUACAGAGAAGGGGACCUGACACACUUCAACCAGAGGCUUGAGGGUUUCAACUUGCCCAGGUGCUGGGAUGAAUGCCUGAAGAGCUCUCAGUAUCACGUCCGGAAGAGUGAGGUUGACAAGUUCAACAAGGAGAAUUGUUGGAAAAAGAGAGGAUUGUGCAUAAUUCCUACCAAAUUUGGAAUAAGCUUCACAGUUCCUUUUCUGAAUCAGGCAGGAGCCCUGAUCCAUGUGUACACAGAUGGCUCUGUGCUGGUGAGCCACGGGGGCACAGAGAUGGGCCAAGGCCUUCACACCAAGAUGGUCCAGGUGGCCAGCAGAGCUCUGAAGAUCCCGACCUCUAAGAUCUAUAUCAGCGAAACAAGUACUAACACUGUGCCUAACACCUCUCCCACGGCUGCCUCUGUCAGCACCGACAUCUACGGACAGGCCGUCUACGAAGCCUGCCAGACCAUCCUGCAAAGGCUGGAACCCUUCAAGAGAAAGAAUCCCAGUGGCUCCUGGGAAGACUGGGUCAUGGCUGCCUACCGGGGUACAGUGAGCUUGUCUGCUACCGGGUUUUACAGGACACCCAACCUUGGCUACAGCUUUGAGACAAACUCAGGGAAUGCUUUCCACUACUUCACCUAUGGGGUGGCUUGCUCUGAAGUGGAAAUUGACUGCUUAACAGGGGAUCAUAAGAACCUCCGCACAGACAUCGUCAUGGACGUUGGCUCCAGUCUGAACCCUGCCAUUGACAUUGGACAGGUGGAAGGGGCAUUUGUCCAGGGCCUGGGCCUCUUCACCCUGGAGGAGCUACACUACUCCCCUGAGGGGAGCCUGCACACCCGUGGCCCCAGCACCUACAAGAUCCCUGCAUUUGGCAGUAUCCCCACUGAGUUCAGAGUGUCCCUGCUCCGUGACUGUCCCAACAAGAAGGCCAUCUAUGCAUCCAAGGCUGUUGGGGAGCCGCCCCUCUUCCUGGGUGCCUCCAUCUUCUUCGCCAUCAAGGAUGCCAUCCGCGCAGCUCGGGCUCAGCACACAGAUAAUAAUACGAAGGAGCUUUUCCGUCUAGACAGCCCCGCCACCCCGGAGAAGAUCCGUAAUGCCUGCGUGGACAAGUUCACCACCCUGUGUGUCACUGAUGUACCAGAAAAUUGUAAACCCUGGUCUGUGAAGGUCUGAAGAAAAGCCCCAUUGGAGUCUUCUUAUCCUACACUGGGGAUUCCACGGAAGAUGACACUUGCUCUGCAGAACAUGAAUUUAUAAAACUUGCAGGAUGACAACAGUGUGAUUCAUCAGGACGGUGUUUGGAAGAACAUUGAAUGCAUUGGACGAUUUUGAUCAAAAAUAUGAUUUAUAAACACAAUGAUAAGCAAAUUCAGAAAUGUUAGGCCCAAGUGGCUAAUAGGCAAUUAGCAUCAUUUCAUGUCUGUUGUAAUCACGUAUUUGAAAUAGAUUUAGGAAGUGUUUGUGCUAUGUCCCAACUCACUGGACAGCCUGUAUAACCUCAAGUAUUGACAGCAUCUGUUCUUCAAAGAGGAUUUCCACAAACCUCCAGAAGCGUAAACCAAAGUAACUCUGAAUCUGUGAGCCUUCCUCAGAAAGCUUUUCCUUCAAACCAGUGAGCGUCAUAUUAUAACCUCAUAUCCACACUCAGAUUUGCAAUGGGACAGUGGGGUGAGAUUCAAACCUCUAAGCACUUCAUUGGAGAGAAUAAAGAAUGAAACAAAUUCAAGGUUAAUUGGAUUUAAUCUUCUUAAGCUGCAUAAAGUAAGAUUAUUCUAUAACACCAAAAGCCAACAAACCCGGUUAUUGAGUACCUACAAUGCAUUAGCUUCUUCCUCUUUGUGCAUUAAAAAAAGAUCAGGUUUAAAAAUCUUCAACUGAAGCCAGUAGUUCCCAUCUACAAAUGAGGCUACUCGAAUCAAGAUAGGCCAGAGAAAAAACAGUCAAGGAGCCUGGGUUCUCAUCCCAGCCAUGUCUCUAAUUAUCUUUGUGACCUUAGGCUGUCACUUCCCUUUUCUGUGCUUCAUUUUACUGCAAAAUGAAAGGAUUGGACUGGAAUAAUCUCUUAAGGUCUUCUCUGGAUCUAAACGUCUAUAAAUAUAUGACCUAAAAACUCCAGUUACAUAAGGGAACUGCAGCGCUCAGAGACUUGGUUCCCUUACUGUGAUGUGCUAUCUGGGCUUCAUGAACUUGACUUAAAUCCCCCCAAGUGUCUGAGGUUGGAAAAGAGAAUAGGAGAAAGGCAAGCAUCCCCUCUGCUUGUUCUGACGGGUGAUUUCCACCUGGUACUAGGUGGACAGUGUGACCUUGUCAUGUGCCUUCACUGUAUAAAAUAUCCAACAUUCUGCUGGAUGGGAUCCACGGUUCUGGCCACAGGAGGAGGAUAGUGUAAACCACGCAGCUGAGCCCAGUGCUUGAUGUCACCAAUAAAUGAAACCGUCAGCUGGUUGGCAUGUGAGAAAUGCUUCUUCAUCAUCAUAAUCACACCAGAUGCUGACAUCUGCCAUAUAUUAGCCAACCUUCAUUGCUAGAGAAUGCACACACCAAACACUCACAUCUAUACACACACACACACACACACACACACACUUUCUUACAAAAUUCCUUUCUUCAGAAUAUUCUAGACUUUUACAGCAUGAUUAAAACUGAAGAGCUUUAGAAAUAAAACCGGUAUUUGCACUGAGAUCCACACAGGUCCGUUUC